AUGGCUGAUGAAAACAGUGUUCAAGCAUAUGGGGAGAUUGUGAAGAUCAAUGUGGGUGGAACAAUUUUUGAAACCUAUCUAUCAACUCUUACAAGAAUUGAUGACACUGUACUCUCUACUAUGGUUGCUAGUCGCUGGCGAAAUCAAGAAGUGCUGUUCGUGGACAGAAAUCCAUUGCACUUCGCAAAAAUAUUGGAUUACCUACGAGACAUUGAGAAUUUUACUCCUCCUUCGGACGAUGGUGAACGAGAAGAGCUUCGAAAAGAGGCUGAGUUCUAUAAUUUGCCUGGACUUGUCGAAAUGUGCUCGCCUGAAGUUUUCCGCGUGGGGUACAGUGUGCAGUGGAAGCAAAGUAGUGUCGAAUCAUACUGCAAGUUUUUAGUAACAUAUUGGCUUCCAAAGAAUCAUUGCGUGGUGUGCCCGGUUUGUGAUGAUUUCCCUGCACAAUCUGGCUAUGCUGAUAAUAACUGUGGCUUUACUUGUUUUGCUCGCUUUGUAGAGUUACUACAUGUAAGACAACAUAUGUUGUCGGCCAGAGGUACCAUUCUUUCUCUCAAUGGCACUUUCUGCGAGGUGCAAUGGAGAAAGUUGGUAACUCAUCCUCCACAGGAAAUGAUGGUAGCUCAUCUUCCACAAUCUGCACUGCGCUUGGCGAAGAAUUAG